AUGGCGUACAAACCCGCGGGCAAGUCGCAGCGCAAGCGGCUUCAGCGUCAGCUGGAAUUUUACCUGAGCGAGAGCAAUCUUCGGCAGGACAAGUUCUUGCAGCAGGCUAUGGAUGAUGACGGCUUUGUGCCUGCUCACGUGUUCCUCUCCUUCAACAAGUUGAAAGUGCUCAAAGCUACUGAAAGUAUGAUCAUGGAAGAGGCAGACAAGUCCUCCGUGCUUCGGGUUGAUCGAUCGACUUCUUGUAUCGCACCGAACCGCAUGCCGAAGGAGAUUGACCAUGACGAUGACAUCAACACCCGCACGAUAUACAUCGAAAACGUUAGCGCCACGGAUGACCACGAUUCGCUGCGACGAGUCUUUGCUGUAUUCGGCAGGGUGAAUCUCGUGAGUUUGCCAAGAUUUUCGCACAACCGAAAGUUUAAAGGCUUUGGCUUUGUAGAGUUUGCCGACGUACUUGCUGCCGACAAAGCUGUUGUGAGCUCAUCGGUUUUGAAUCAAAGAGGGAUUCGUGUCAUGAGGAAGACUCGAUGGCUCGACAUGAAAGAGCAAUUGAAACAUCAGUUGGCUCACGACGAUGUAGCCAACAUGCGUGGCGGUACCAAAGGCAACAGUCCGUCAAAUACUGCUGAUACUGAAGCAAAGGAGAAAAAGGGUCACUCGUCAGACUCAAAACACCGAUUCUUCGUCGAAGGUGACGUCAACGAAGAGGCUACUGAAAGUGGAAGAACAACGAAGAAGCAGAAGGUAUGA